ACAACUACUCUCAUUGGCUUACUGAAAACUGCAAGGCUACUUCGUUUGGUGAGGGUGGCCAGAAAAUUGGACAGAUACUCUGAAUAUGGAGCAGCAGUGCUUCUACUUCUUAUGGCAACCUUUGCCCUCAUUGCCCAUUGGCUGGCGUGUAUUUGGUAUGCCAUCGGAAACAUGGAGCGGAAUAUGGGCAUGGACAAAACACCCAGAAUUGGUUGGCUUGACGAAUUAGCCAGGCAAACGCAUCAGUACUAUAACCUAUCAGACGCCAGUAGUGGUCCAACGAUCAAAUCUAAAUAUGUCACUGCCUUAUAUUUCACAUUUUCCAGUUUAACCAGUGUGGGAUUUGGCAAUGUGUCACCCAACACGAACUCUGAGAAGAUUUUUUCAAUCCUUAUCAUGCUUAUAGGCUCACUAAUGUAUGCAAGCAUCUUCGGUAAUGUUUCGGCCAUUAUCCAAAGGUUGUAUUCUGGCACUUCCCGCUACCACACCCAAAUGCUCCGAAUAAAGGAAUUCAUUCGACUGGAAGAAUAUUUUCAGCAUGCCUGGUCCUAUACAAAUGGUAUAGACAUGAAUAUGGUUUUAAAAAGCUUCCCAGAAUGCAUACAAGCAGAUGUAUGUUUACACUUAAAUCGGAACCUCCUACAAAACUGCCCAGCAUUUAAAAGUGCCAGUCCUGGAUGUUUGCGAACAUUGUCCAUGAAGUUCAAAACAACACACGUACCACCUGGCGACACCCUAGUACACAGAGGAGAUGUGCUAACAGCAAUGUAUUUUAUCUCUCGGGGAUCAAUUGAAAUCCUAAAGGAUGACAUUGUUGUUGCUAUACUUGGUAAAGAUGAUGUGUUUGGGGAGAAUAUAUGCAUUCAUGAAACGGUUGGGAAGUCUAGCUGUAAUGUUCGAGCACUGACAUACUGUGAUCUUCAUAAAAUUCAUCGCAGUGAUUUACUUGAAAUUCUUGACAUGUAUCCAGAGUUUGCUGAAGAGUUCAGGAAAAAUCUGGAAGUAACAUUUGAUUUAAGAGAUGAGCACUGUAUGGUCAGAGUUCCAGAUGAUGGUCUCAACUCCAGAAGGAACUCCAGGUUCAGGCGUUCCAUAAAAUCAAAUCCUUCUAGAUUUUAUAUCCCUCUGAUUCUUUCCGGAUA